UUCGUAAUUAACUAACUAUCGAUGGCUUCCAAGGCGAUGACGGUGGCAGCGGAGAAGAUAGGGACGGCGGCGCGGCGCCAAGCUGUGGCGUUAACCGACGCCGCUGCCUCCCGAAUACGAUGCUUGCUGCAGCAGCGGCAGAGGCCGUUCUUGAAGCUCGGCGUCAAGGCACGCGGUUGUAACGGCUUAUCUUACACCCUAAAUUAUGCAGGUAUAUCUCGUGUUGCUUUGACAGAUGAAAAAGGGAAAUUCGAUGAGUUGGUUGAGGAUAAGGGCGUUAAGAUAUUGAUUGAUCCAAAGGCACUUAUGCAUGUCAUUGGAACGAAGAUGGAUUUCGUAGAUGACAAACUCAGAUCUGAGUUCAUUUUUGUCAAUCCAAACUCUAAAGGCCAGUGUGGCUGUGGUGAAUCUUUCAUGACAGCAACAAGUACUGGAGCUGCUAAGUAAGGAAAUGGUUAGAAUUUCUAUUCAACUUGGUGUUGAUCCACACUUAUGAAGUCGUUGUUUCAUGAUUUCUUCGAUGAACAUACAACUAUACAAGUACCAUAAAUGGAUUUCCAUAAUUUUGCCUGCGAGUACGGAGGAAAAUAAAAGCUUGGGCAAACUAAUGACUGAUAUGAGUUCUCUGAAGCUGAUGCUAAUACGGCUUAGGACAACAAUUUGUACUCUUAUCAUUUGAUCUGACGAUUCUUAUUUUAUGUAAAAAAAUUUGUAUUAUGGGAAUUGUAUAGUUUGUAGAUUAAGAAAAUCAUUGAAAUAAUUUCCCCUUACUUUAUUAUAACAAUCAGCAUAUU